AUGGCGGAGCUCGGGAAAAAGUAUUGCGUGUACUGCUUGGCCGAGGUGAGCUCGCUCCGCUUCCGAUGCACCGAGUGCGCCGACAUCGAGCUCUGCCCGGAGUGCUUCUCGGCGGGCGCCGAGAUCGGCCCGCAUCGGCGCUGGCACGGCUACCAGCUGGUGGACGGCGGGCGCUUCACGCUCUGGGGCGCUGAGGCGGAGGGCGGCUGGAGCAGCCGCGAGGAGCAGCUUCUCCUGGACGCCAUCGAGCAAUUCGGCUUCGGCAACUGGGAAGAUAUGGCUGCUCAUGUUGGAGCAUCACGAACUCCUCAGGAAGUGAUGGAACAUUAUGUAAGCAUGUAUAUUCAUGGUAAUCUUGGAAAAGCCUGCAUCCCUGACAUUAUCCCAAACAGAGUGACUGAUCACACCUGUCCAAGUGGUGGUCCACUUUCUCCUAGCCUAACCAUGCCUCUGCCGCCUCUAGACAUAUCAGUGGAUGAACAACAACAGUUGGGAUAUAUGCCACUGAGAGAUGAUUAUGAGAUUGAGUAUGACCAAGAUGCUGAGAUUCUAAUUAGUGGACUUUCAGUUAAUUAUGACGACGAUGAUGUGGAAAUAGAACUAAAAAGAGCUCAUGUGGACAUGUAUGUAAGAAAACUGAAGGAGAGGCAGCGACGAAAGAAUAUUGCCCGUGACUACAACUUGGUUCCUGCUUUUUUAGGGAAGGAUAGACGAGACAAAGAAAAACCUUCAAAACGCAAAAUCACAAAAGAAGAAAAAGAGCUGAGGUUAAAACUGAGGUCGCUUUAUCAGUUUAUGUCUUGCAAGGAAUUUGAUGAUUUCUUUGAAAACCUGCACAAGGAGAAGGUACUUCGAACCAAGAUCAGGGAACUACAACGAUAUCGACGGAAUGGUAUAACAAAAAUGGAAGAGUCUGCAGAAUAUGAAGCUGCUAGACAUAAACGAGAGAAAAGGAAAGAAAAUAAAAAUAUUAGUACUUCUAAGAGAGGAAAGGAAGAUGGAAAAGAUGGGGAAUUUGCAGCAAUUGAAAAUCUACCUGGCUUUGAAAUGUUAUCUGACCGAGAGAAAGUACUUUGUAGCUCUAUUAAUCUGAGUCCAGCACGUUAUGUGACUGUUAAAACUAUUAUCAUUAGAGAUCAUCUCCAAAAGAGACAGGGCAUUCCAUCAAAAAGCCGCCUUCCUAGUUACUUGGAUAAGGUGCUAAAGAAAAGGAUUUUGAAUUUCCUAACAGAAAGCGGUUGGAUAUCCAGGGAUACUUCUUGAAGCUUGUAUGACUGUUUCGAAAUAGCAUUAGAAUGGACAAAGGACCCAUCAUUGGUCAGAGUAGUCGGUUUACCUGCCUCCUUUUUUAAAAAAACAGUAACACAAAACUCCUUAAGGUUUCUCUUGUAAACGCUCAAAAUCCUCCACAACUGGAAUUUUCUGUAGUGGAUCAUGCAAAUGCUAGAUCUUACCCUGUGAACCCACACUGGGAAGUAAUCUUAAAAAACUGUGGGUGAAAUGGCUCAUCGUUUAUUAAGUAGUCUAUCAAAGGUAAAAUGUAGAGCCCUGAUGGUAGUUAUUCAACUCCACCUCUGCUGUACAAGCUAUUGGUGUAAAGGGAAAAGACCGUCAGCUUGUGUUUUGGGUAUAGCGCUGGCAGGUUGCUAUCCUCUGUACAUUUACAUGGGAGUACGUCCCAUUAAAUUAUGUGGUACUUGCUGUUGAAUAAGCCUGAAUAGAAUUGGGCUGCAUGUGUACUAAAUCCUGGAUACCGAACUACAGAAGCACAGAGACACUAGGAUUUCUUGCUGAAUAUCUUUUAACUUUUUUUAUUCAUUAGCAAAGCAUUUUGCUAUACCGGAGCAGAGAGUAUACAAUGUAAGAGGGCAUUAAAACUUUUCUCAGCUCACUUGCUUGAGUACACACGGUGACACAUUUUUAGUGGGGGAGACUGGUUCCAUCAUUUUAGUUGAGACCCAUGGGAAACCUUUGGCAAAUAAUUGGCAUCCCUAUUCUAAACUUUGUGGUGGCUAGCCAGGCACUCUGAUGUGCAUACUAGUACUGCUAUUUCCUACAGUUAGAGAAAUGCAGCAAGGAAUCUGUGCAUGCACUUUUUUCACUGGAUUCAAAAGAAAUGUUAUGCACAGAAACGGGUGUGAUCCAAACCAUGUGGCAGUAUGGCCUACUACAUUCAUUAGAAUUGGCUGCACUACUUAUGGCUGAUUAAUCCAAGUCCACCAGCCAUGUACUAUGACCUGGCAGGGGUGUAGCAGUUGCCUUUUUCAGUAUUGGUCAAGCAUCGGAAGUGGGAUACUACACUUGAGCUUAAUGAUUUGUAAGUUGCGCCAGCCAGAUUUAGUUUAAGGUGCUUCAUGCUAUUGUGACAGCAAGUCCUUGAUACAAAAGCAAAUAUGGGCUGCUGCCCUGAAAGUGGCUGUGCUUACUCAUCUGUUUCCCCUUUCCCAGCAAUUGGAACAAAUCAAGCUUCACUGUAACUAUAAUCGAGGGAUCUUUAUUCUCUGCAAAGUGGCCUUCUCCUUUUAUGAGAGCAACACUUCCUGCACCACUCUAGAAGGUGCUUUUUAAACUUUGCAAUGUAGUGUACAAAAGCACGCCUGAAUGCAUGCAAGCCCCCCUCUGUACAGCAAAGGUUGUGGUGAUAAUGCCAACGCGAAAGUGGUGCAUCUGGCCUAUUCUUCUGGAAAUUAUGAGCCUUGCUGAGUGUACUGAGUUUGAUAUCCACAAAAAUAGUCCUAGAAAAACACAGGUCAGUGUAUCAUACAUGCAGCACAAAUGUUACUGUUUCUUCAGCUGUCUCCUUGAUUUUAGUGGGACACAGUCACUAGUGGAUGUGCUUAUGAUUACAGCCUUAAAAGUUUUCUGUGGUCUAAGACACCUGAAUUCAGAACUGAUAUACAAAUUACAUAGAAUCCUGGAUCUCUUCUAGGUAUUGGACUGCAUUUUAACUGCUUUCUCCAUGUAAUAAAUUACAAUAUCAGCAGGAAGUUUCGCAUAAUCUUCUUGCUGAUAUAUGCUAAUUUAAUAUAUGUUGGAGGGAGGAGGGAAGCAUUUAAAAAUUACAUACCAUUACUAGUCAGUGGUAUAUUCGACCAUCUCAUUCUGCUGCAUUUAUAGAUCUGUUGCACUUGGCACAAGUAGCCUGGCUCCUGCUGUUUAAGCACUAAUCUUUUGCAACUCUGUACAGCUGUAGCUUGGCAACUUUAGCAGAUCCCACUUUCCAGCAAUUAGUAAAAUAGUAGUACUGCAAAUGCCACUGUCCCUGAGGAAAUAAGUAGUGUUCAUUUUCAGUUUGUAUGCUUCUCUUCCAGUGGACGAAAGUUAAGCCUUUGCCUCUUUUGAGUUUAAUUGUAUACUCCUUUGACAAAACAUCAACUGGUCACAAGCUUUGAGAAGUUACAUAGUAGAUACACAGCUAUAGAUUUCGGCCUUAGGCCAUAGACAGUUAGUCCUGCUUAAGACUCAUUAUCUUCAGUGAGGCUUAAGUAUAACUAACUCAGGAAUGGCAGAGUUCUCUUGUUCUUCCUAACCUUUUAAAAAUUCUUAAACGUUUCAUGGGUGACAUUCUCUAAACAUUAUAUUUAAGUCUAGAUCCAUCAAUAGUUGUAGUUUCCAGUGUACUAUCCAUACAUCUGAAAGAUCAUUUCAGAGAAUCUCAGAUAGACAAGAUUUAUGUACGCCUUAAAUUUUGUUGUUAGCCCUUUAUUGUUGCCAGAGAAGAGCAACCGGUGCUAAAUAUAACUUAUUGAUAAUCUGAACAAUGUUUAAAUGUGUGAAUAUUUAUUACACUUUUACAAGGCUUUUACACUGAGCACUUUCAUAUGAAAGCAAACAUUCCUGCAAAGCCUCUUACUAGAAAUAGUGAAUAAAUACUUUAAUAUUACUAA